AUGGACUGGCUGUACCCCUUCAGUGGCAUCGGCCGCCGCGCACGCAGUCGAGACCGCUACUCCACCACUUCCUCCUCCCGCCACAGUCAUAGUCACAGUCACAGUCACGGCCACAGUCACGGCCACGGUCACGGCAAAAGCCACAGCCGGUCCUCCCUCUUCAACCUGGGCGGGCACGCCAACCGCUCCACGACGUCUGCCGCCUCCCUGUUCUCCAUCGGCAGCGCGGGAUCCUCGUCGUCGCGCCGCGCAAAGCCGCGCUCGGGCUUCGUUGCCCGUGUCGUGCGCAGCAUCCGGCGCCUGUUCCGGCAUAUCGUGCGCUAUGCACGCAGCCAUCCGCUGAAGGUGUUCUUCAUGGUCAUCAUGCCGCUGAUCACGGGCGGGGUGCUGCAGAAAUUGCUCUCCGUCGUGGGCAUACGCCUGCCACCGUCAUUGGGUGGGGGUCAUAGUGGUGGCUUUAAGACGGGCAAUGGCGGUGGUGCGGGGGGAGGGGGAUUGGGAGAGAGUGUUGGGGGGUUGGUGUCGUUGGCGAAGAUGUUCGUGUGA